UUAAGAAACUUCUGACAAAAGUAAUUUUAGAAAUCCUGCAGAAGGAGUAUUAAAAGGCUCCUUUGAUUAUAUAUAAUACAAACCACAGAGAAUCAGUGUUGAGUUUUCUUUGAACUGAAUAAUGAACCUAACCGACCAGAGAAUGUCUCCAGUUGCAGUGCUGAGGUCACACAGUAAAAACCCUUAUCAGAAUUUGGCGUUGUACACUGAAGUCAUCAUGAACUUUUUCCAAAUCCUGAGGAAGAAGAAGGAACUUAUUCCUUUGAUGCUGAUCAUGACCACAGCAGCGGGUGGAGCUUCGUCUUUUGCUGUAUAUUCCCUUCAAAAAACUGAUGUGAUCAUUGAUCGGAAAAGAAAUCCAGAACCUUGGGAAACUGUGGACCCUACUGUACCUAGAAAGCUUCUAACCAUCAACCAAGAGUGGAAACCCAUUGAAGAAUUGCAGAGAGUCAGAAAAGCCACCAAAUGACCAGCUUUUGCUUCUUUCUUCCAAAAAAUACUCUAUGAAUCUAGUGGAAACAUUGCUGCACAAACUAGAUUAUGGAUACCAGUGUGCGGAAAUGCUUCUGCUACAUUUUUAGGGCUUGACUACAUUUUUGGACUCUGGAUGGGAUUUAUAAAAGUAGUGUAGCAAUAGCCACAUAGUUCAAAAAUAAGUUUGUGUUUAUUUUCUUGUUGUAAAUUUAAUUUGCAUAUUGAAAUUUUUGUUUAUGAUGGCCUGAAUGUUAUCUUAAAAGUGUGUAAAGAUUUAUAACCUAAAUUGUCUAUAAUAAAAUACUACUUGUGUGAGAUUUUUUAAAGAUA